AUGACUCUUUUGAGAACACACGAGAACAGAACAAAUGUUCUGGUAAAGACAGAGUCAAGCCUGUCGCCUGCAAAUGUUGGGGCGCAACGUGACAUAACUGAAGAAGCACUUCAAGUGUUCAAUAAAUACAUUUCUACAGUUCUGCUAACUGUGUUAUCUCCUGUUGGUUUGGUAACAAAUAUUCUCAACAUCAUCGUCUACUGGAAUCAAGGGAUCAAAGACAACGCCAACAUCACGUUUCUAGCCUUGUCUUUCUGGGAUCUAAUGCAUUGCUUCCUAUUGUUUUUAUCAGAAAUAUGUUUUGUCUUAAAUAUCCUCUUUCCACAAGCCAGUGUGUAUAUAAAACCUGUGACAUUCCAGCUUGUGUUUUUAGGACACACCAGAGGAUGUAUGUACGUACUGUCUACGCUUGUUACAGUCUACCUGUCCGUGGAGAGAUCCAUUUGUAUCGCACUACCGUUCAGAGUCAAAGACAUAUUUACGACCCCUCGCGUUGUCCUCAUUAAUUUACUGAUUGCCGUAUUUGGUUUCGCUUGUUUCUCUCCUGCCUGGGCAACCCAGGGAAUUCAUUGGGUUUAUGACCCUAGAAGCAACACCACACUCUUACAGCUGUGGAUAUCUGUCAACAGACGUGACGUCGACUUAUUCGUGGACACAUUGAAUGGUAUAGUCACACCAUCGGUGGCUCAAAUACUUAUCUCUGUAAGCGGCUGGUUUAUGAUUCAAGGCAUCAACAGGUCUAACAAAUUAAGACAGAAUCAAACUUCUGUUUCCAAGUCUCUAAACGUAUUUACACUCAACGACCAACUUCAUAAAACACUGAGCUCUCGAAUUAAAUUUACACGAGACAAGACGGUCACCAACAAAGAUAUCAAACUUACCAAAGUUGUCGUGUCGCUGGCAGCUAUAUUUUUCACUUGCAAUUUACCUGUAGUUGUUGUGGCAGUUCUCCGAGCAAUGAUUGCUGACAUUGACAUAGGUAAACGAUUAUUCAGUUGGUACAAAGCACUUUACGGCAUAGUUUAUUUCUGUGGCGUAAUUAAUUGCUCUGUAAAUAUUUUUGUUUAUUAUAACGUGAGCUCCAAAUAUAGACGAGAGUUUGUGGCUUUAUUUUGUAGGAUGAAGAUCAGGAAUAAAAUACUCUAG